AGAACGGAGUCAUCAUCAUCCAGCGACUGAACACAUGUUUACAACUGAGCAGCAGAGAAGUGUAUAUGAGAUCAAACUGGACCAGGUAUGUUGUUUUUGUCUUUUAUUUCUCAUGGUAAAUCACCGGACAUCUAUUCCCACAUGAGCUGGUUCUUACUGCGGGCUUUUGAGAGAAACUGGGGAAGAAAAAGACAUGGAGCACUUGAGUAAACUCAGUCAGAACUGCUGCACAAACACAAGACUUACGGUUAAUGAUCCUGAGCUAAGUCAUGCAUUCAUAAAGAGAUUUUUCAUUAUGGUUUUAUUUGUCACCUUUAUAUCUUUCAAAUUUCCCCACUGUGGGAUGAAUAAAGGUUUAUCUUAUCCGCAGCUCUUAUAGAAGGACCAUCAAACUUUCUUUAUUCAGGUCAAGUUUGCUCCAACUUUUGUAACCCUCUCCUGUUCAAUUUAAAUUCUUGUAAGACUUUUUUAUAUGUCUGUUAUUGGGAAAAUUUAGACUGUCUUAUGUAAACAAACUUUCCUUCCUCUGCCCUACAGUAAGUACUUAAGUCAUCGCCAUCUAGGAAUUUGAAGAGAUCAGUUUCCUCCUCGCCUCCUUCAGUCAUGAGUGACAGCGAUGAUGAGGUCCCCACACUGUCGGCUCACACUCUGGCUGCCCUGCAGGAGUUCUACAAUGAGACCAGGACCUCUCAGAGUCUCGACACCACACCAGGAGACCAGUUUGCCGUGGGAGCUGUUGAGGAGGACUGGGUGAGUGUACUGGGCUCAGUGAAUGACAGGAAACAGAAGCACUACCCACUGUGACUGAUAAUGAUGCCUGUAACAGUUUUAAAUUAUUUUAAAUAAUGAAAAGGUCACACUUAAUGAUGUGUGUGUGUGUGUGUCCACCAGCGGAUGAGUCAGUUCUGGUACAGUGAUGAAACAGCGACUCAGUUAGCGGAGGAGGUCAUAAGAGAAGCCGGAGAGGGGGGCAGGUAAAAAUACAAUCAACACAAAACUUAGAGGACAACGAGACAACAAGUCACUUAAAGUACUCACACCAUACUGCACUUUUUACUUUUUAACUUUUAUAUUUGUAUGAUAAAAGUGAGUAUGAUAAGCAUUUUGAUUAAAAACACAGCCAUGACUGAUAUUUUGAUGAAAAGAAACAGAAUUAUCUUUUCUACAUUAUCGAGGUUUUCCACCUAAACCUUACAAAAAAUUUAAGGCAGCCAAAAGGUUUUUUUUCCUUGUAUGAUUUUGUUUACUUCAAAUUUUCUGUAGGUGAGGUUUAACAGUCUGUCCUAUUUGGGGUUGGUUUUUGGAAAAUCUUUUCUUUUUUGUCAGGAUAGCGUGUGUGAGUGCCCCCAGUGUGUACCAGAAACUGAAGCAGGGCGUCGUAGAGGGAUCAGAUCGAGUGUCAGCUGUCGUGUUGGAGUUCGACCGCCGCUUCGCCACCUAUGGAGACGAUUUUAUCUUCUACGACUACAAUGAGCCGCUAUCUCUCUCGGCCUGUGUGGCGCCGCAGAGCUUCGACAUCGUCCUCGCUGACCCUCCUUACCUGUCUGAGGAGUGUCUAAGCAAAGUUGCCCAAACCGUCAAAUACCUGAGUAAAGGCAAAGUGCUGCUGUGCACAGGUGAGAGGGGGGAGGGGCUUAUGUGGUGACUUUACCCUUUUUGGGUCUCCCAAAACAAGCAGUUUUUGGAGCAUCCUCUUACAUUAGGUUUCUGUUUGUGCUCUGCAGGUGCGAUCAUGGAGAGUGUGGCCAAAGAGCACCUAGAUGUCCAAAUGUGCAGCUUCCUCCCAAAACAUAACAGAAACCUGUCCAACGAGUUUCGCUGUUUUGUUAACUACCCGUCUCACCUGCUGUCCUGCUGAGGAGCUGAACCUCUCAUCAGAACCGAGAGCAUGAUGAAAGGCGGACAUCAUAGAACUUGACUUCCUCACUUAAAAUGUGGAGACUACAGAUUUUAUCAAGAAGCCGAUCUUCAAGAAGAAGAUGUUGGCCUUUGAUGAACCAUCAAGUUGCAUCAUGGAAAAUGUAGGAUGCAGUCUUUCUGGAGUAAAACCCGUGGGAAAAAAACUUAAGUUAAGGACUUACUGGCCUAUAAUGGUUUGAUUUAAUGUUUUUGAUCAACUUUUGUACGAUGGAUGGAAACAGCUUUUCAGAGCAUCACUUUAAGAUAUUAAAACCUCUUGAUCCCACGACCUCAGGAGUCCCAGGCAGUGUUCUUAACCCCUGAGCCACGUGGACACACAGGAGUAUUCUGUUUAUUUCCUCUUUCACUCUCCUCUCUAGAGACCGAACACAGUGUAUUUGUGUGUUUUUUAUUUAUAAACUUGUUGGUCCCCCCCCUCUAGUGGUUGUGUUGUUGACUGAGCUCCUCAGGGUCUUUGUAAAGUAGUUUUGGCUCAAGGGUCUAGGGAGGUGGUAGGAAGUCAACUCGACAAACUGCUGUUUCCCAUAAGUGAAUAUUUUUAUUUACAGUCAAGUCCACACACAUAGGUUCCAUUAAAAACUACAAACUUUCCCCAAGACCAAACAAAAUGAGUCUCAAAUGAGAUUACACAAGAGCACAUCUUCCUCCCUUGGGAGCAAUUCUCCUCUCCUUAUAUAGGCAGCUCAUCCCCCAUGUAUCAAAGGAAUCAAAUAAAACUCCAAUCUUCACUGCCUGUACCUAACUUAACUAAACUAUACUCCAACUAAAUAAAUCACAUACUUAGACCCCCCCCCCGCCCCCAAAAAAAAAAAAAAAAAAAAAAAAACACAAAAGGAAAAACCUACAGUUGUUCCUGUAAGAAAAGAAGAGAGACAAUUGGUCACAUUAAAAAAUCUGAGCUGAGGAUGUCAAACUAGACCGUGGUGAGCUCAGAGAGCUCAGAGAAGCUCUCAGGCUUCUUCACUGAUCAAGGAGUUUUUUUUUUUUUUUUUUCCCGAGAUGUCUUUUGAAACAGUAAAAACAAAAAUAAGUGAAAAGUUUUUCUGAAUUUGUGGGAGGAGACCUCGUGGCCGGCCCAGAACCAGGUGGAGGGAUUAUAUCUCUCACCUGGCCUGGGAGUGCCUGGGAAUCAUCCCCUCGGAGGAGCUGGUGGAAGUGUCUGGGGUGAGGGCCAUCUGGGCUUCCCUCCUGAAGCUGCUGCCCCCGUGACCUGGACCCGGUUGAAGUGGAAGAAAACAACAAGGACGACAAGUUUUACUGAAUUUGUGCUUAAGAUCUAUUUGCACUUAUUUUUGCAUGACUGUCAGAAAAGUGGAUCCAAGUCUCAAAUAUCUAUGAAUAAAUGAAUAAUUAAACCUUCA